AACUCGCACCGAUUCGACGUCCGAUCAUCGUACCGCUAACAUGAGUUGCUCCGUCAAUGUUUCAUGGCUCGUCGACCAUCUCCUCUCCGGUUCUGAGUGUCUCCUUGUCGAUGUCCGACCGACAUGUAAAUUUCUGGAAGGCCACGUCGAUGGAGCCAUCAAUCUGACUUGCUCCAACCUCAUGAUGAGGCGCCUAAAAAAGGGCAAUCUCUCUCUAUCCGUGCUCGUGCACGGCGAGGCAGCAAAGGCUAAGUUUGAGGAGAAAGCGAAGAGGCGGUAUGUAGUGCUGUAUGAUCACGAUCAUGGUGCCAGUGAACUGCUGGUGCUUGUCAGCAAACGCCUUGAGGAUGAAUGCUCAUCACAAGUCAAGGUGCUUGAAGGCGGAUUUAGCAAGUUCUCGUCCACCUACCCUCACCUGUGUAGCAAGUUGUCGGAUAUUCAACCCGGCGGUGUGACGUCACGAGGCUCUCUCGCACCUCUCACUCUCAGUUCGCUCUCGAUUUCGUCUCCCGACGACGACACGCAGAGACAGAAGCAUCACGAUGGGUCGCAACCGGUGCAGAUCAAGCCACACUUGUACUUGGGAAACGCGAGGAACGCGGCGGACAGCGACACUCUGCAACGCUUUGGCGUCACACACGUACUGAACGUGACCGCAAACGUCGAGAACAAAUUCGAGGGACAAUUCCAUUACAAACGGAUUCCCAUCCACGACAACUGGACGCAAGACAUCUCCUCGCACUUUGAAGAGGCCAUUGCAUUUAUCGAGAAUGCGCGCAAGAAGAAUGGUCGUGUACUUGUACAUUGCGUGGCAGGCAUCUCACGCUCUGUAACGGUCACCAUGUCCUACAUCAUGCAAGAGAUGGGCUACUCGCUGAACGACGCGUUUGACUAUGUCAAGCAACGCAAGUCGGACAUCUCACCGAAUUUCGGAUUUAUGGGCCAACUGCUCGAGUUUCAGAACAAACUGAAGCAAAAGGAACUAUCGGACGACAUGCAGGCAGUCAGUUCAACGGUCACAUAUCGGAGUCUUCCGAGUUGUGUCGAACUAUGUGCACACUAGGAGACAUUAUAGCUAGUUUGACAGAUGAAUCCUCCAUCAGGUGCUUGAGAGUUUUGAGAAGUGUUAUCAGCCUCAUGUUGAGGACAGUCCCUCCUGUUGGAUAUUUUUUGUACAAAGUAACAAGUGUUCCUAAUUGUGUUGGAUCUUACGCUGUAGAUUCAGUGUUCUCUUAGUGUAAAUUGAUUUAGAACUAGAUGAUAAUUAAAGCUAAAGCCAUUGGGUGGCUAAUAAUACAACAGAAAGUGAUAAAUACUUCCUAAUGGCA